GAGAACGUGGGACUUAUAUCGUCGCACCUCUGCAAGUCCCAGAUUCUCCCUAAGCUCGGUUGCGUUGCGAGGUCGGCGGAUGAUCGACCAGAGCUCGAGUGGAGGCGGCGGGGGACGAUCGGUGGAUGGUGUCGCCUUCUUCUUCUUUUUCUUCUCCUCCUCCUCGCCCCGUGGACUCCCGGAGAAUGAAUGCUCGUCUGUCACCAUGUCCUGUCACCCCGCGGAAAUGUCGACGAUUUUAGGACGGGGGGAUUGCGCCGGCGCAUCCUUCGUGCGGAGCUCGGGGAGAGGCGAAGGAUGAGACUGAGUGGGUGAGCCGGGCGGGAAGCAGGGGCGAGGAGAUCGAGCGCGCGAUGGAUCAAGGGCGCGACGAGGAGUGGGAGGAUUUCCGCCUGAAGCCCAGCGCGUGGAAUGCGGCUUGGGAGCAAGCGCAGGGCAGGGUGGUGCCGUCGAAGGAGAUCAAGCGCGCGGCCAGCAUUCUGGUGUGGUGCGAGCAGGCGCAGCAGAGCAUGGGCUGGCUGUUGCUGACGCAGAUCGGAGUGCUGCUCAUCUCGUUCGGGCAGCUCAUGUCGCGGGGCGUGUGCCUCCUGAGCUGGGGGAUCUUCACCCUCGAGGCCAUCCUCAAGUACAGGCGCAGCUGGGCGCACUCCCUCUACUUCCGGGUGUCCCUUGCGCCAUCUUCGCGCUCCACGACAAUAACCACGACACCGCUUCCGCCUCCCUCAGGGUGUUCGGCUAUUUCGUGCUAGUGGCCCCUCUCCUCGAAGUGUCGCUCUACGCGCCUUACGUCCUCUACACCGUGAAAUUCUUGCGCGCGAAUCGCGAUUGCUACCACAAAAUUGCGGGAUGUCCCGAUGGCACGACCAAUCUGAUGGAUAUGCUCAUCAUCAGCAUGGUCAUCGUAUGCGUGCACUGGGCCUCGAGCCUGGUCACCGUGCGGGCCUUCGGGGCCGCCAUGGGGAUGGGCAUCAGCGCCCGAGCCCGGGACAGCAGGAGCUGGUUCCGAUAUCUCUCUCGAUUUGUCAGGAAACGGGAAGAGAGAGAUCGGCUCAUGUGCCUGACAUGGUGGGUUCACUUGGCCCGACAUGGGCAUCUGACCGUGAUGGCCAGCGCGCAAGACUCCGACUGCGGCCUACCGGGCCACUGGUUCAAGAGCAAGGACGAGCAGAAUCGUCUUCAGAAUCGUCGGGGAAUGUGACAGAGGCGAUCACGUCCAUCUCGAUACGUCGCGCCUGCUGUUGGUGUCGCAGGAGAUGGCGCUGCGGGCUCUGAUCAGCCUGGCCAAGCAGAAGGAGCUCGACAAGGACGACGAUUUGCGCUCCUGGUGCGCGUCGUGCGCGAAGGGAGAACCGAGUCCUGCCCCGGCCUGGCGGCGACCGCCAUCGUCGUGCUGGCGACGCAGCCCCAUGUGCUGCCGCUGAGCAGUCUGAUCGAGGCCGUGGUGCCGCUGAAGCGCCUCGCCCGGUCCGAGGCCGUCGAGCACGUCGAGGUCGCCCUCGGGGCCCUGCUCAAUGCCUCGCUCCACGGAAAUUCCCACGAGGUUAUCGACCUCAUUGUCGACAGCAACAUUCUCGACAGCGACGAGGUCGGCAGCAGCUUCAUGUCGUGCCUCAUUCGGCACGCCCACAUCGGCAGAUCCACGCUUUGUCAAGAGCUCGCCGUCCGCUUAUUGAGCCACCUGGUCGGGAAAGGGAAGCGCGCUCGAGAGGCGCUCAUGUCGUACAAGGGCGAGCAGGGAGGAGUCCCAGACGUGCAGCUCUGCACCGCCUUGAUCAAGCACGGCGAGACGCCUUCGAUCAAAGCCGGCGGGGCGGCAGUUCUCGCCGAGAUCGCCUACUGGGAAGACUGCGAGGUCAAGGGGAGCGACCCUCACAUCGAGGAGUGCAUUCAGGCGCUGGUCAAGGCGCUCGAAGUGACGACAGCGAAAUUGAUCAUCGUCUCGGCCGCCAAGGCCUAGUGCAGCCUGGCUUACAACAACCAGGACGUCAAAGCCACGAUCGUCAGGGCCGAAGGCAUCCCUUCACUGGUGGAUCUGCUUAAAGCCCCCCUUACCGACUCCGGCCCCAAUGACAUUAACGGCCAGAUCCCCCGCAAGGAAUACAAUAGAUCGACCGUCACUCGAAAACGUCACCUCAAAGAGGAUGUUCGAAGCGAUGACGUUCGACUCGAUGCGGCCAGGGCUUUGCGAAUCCUGGCUCUCAACAAUCCCCAGCACCAAAUGCAGAUCGCAAAUGCGGGAGCGAUUCCUCCGAUGAUAAAACUGAUGGCCAGUAGAAAUCCCAAGGUGCAGGUCCAAGCGAUGGCUGCUCUGUCGGGUCUUUCCUUCCAAUGCCCGACCAUUAAGACUUUGAUCGGCAAUGGGGCCGAGGGCAUGUUCUUCUCGAAACUCAGAGAUGUUCUCAGAUCCAAUGAAGGCCAUGACCCCAUGGCCGAGCCUAUUCUGGAGAAAGUCGCUCAUCUCACCCAGACUCUGGUCGAGGGGAAUGAGUCGAAUCGGCAGAAGGCUGUGGAGCAGGGCAUGAGGGAGAAACUUCGAGAUUGCACCGACGAGAAGAAAGGUAAUUAUAAGAACAACGGGAAAGCCAGACAAAUCAUCGACGGGGCUUUAAAGAUCUUAUCGGAGGAAUAACUGACUUGAUCAGGUCCAGCCUUUCUUCAUGAUCCAAACAUGCCCCGUCCUGAAUCCGAGCUGCAAUGGCAUGGCGGGAACGGUAUUUAUAGCGCGAUUCAGUUGUGUCUGUUUGGGUUUGGUGAGAGAAAGAUAGUAGGUAGUCGAAAAAUUCGACAUUACGAGAUGAACUCCGGCAGUGCUCCGAAGUGACAAAUCGGCUAAGAAGCCACUGACGCAUUUGGUUCUCCGCGGAUUUGGUUUCGGGUGAUGAGAAUUUGUUUGUAAACGGUAUACAGAAGUGAGAGAAGUUCACUUAAUCAGGUAACUAAGCGCUGAAACAAACCAAACCCAAUUCUUUUCCAUUUGACAGUCGCUAAGGUUUUGAGGACUAAACUACGAAGAACCUGAAGGUGGACGGUUCCCAUAUAUUCUAUCUGAAGAGAGAACAUUAGCAUGGCAUACACAUUAAAACAAAAGCUUGUAAUGUACACAUUGUACAUACGAUUUCUGCGGAACAUUCACUGUAAAGGUCGAUGCAAACAUUGAAAAAAAAAGUUGUAGUGUACACUUUGAACACAGGAUUUGUGCGCUUUGCAACACUGAAAUUACAAACGGUUGGCUAUAUCAAUCUGCGCGGACAUUAGAAUUCGCAUAUGGGCACAUUAUUGAUAAUAUGAUGGUAAACUUUUCUCCCGA